AAAAACGUUACAAAACCUCUUCAUCACUUUCAUCUUGCUACCUCUUAAUUAAUUAAAUGGCGUCUGACGAGAGCAUGGUGAUCAAUUCUUCAUCGGUUCAAGACGAAGAGUACGAAGAUACAGACGAUGGGUUUCAUUACCAGACCAGACAAAGCAGUUUGUCUAGGCUAUCUAUCUGCACGAGCUCCUUCGAUGACGAAGACAACUUCACAAGUCAACCUUCCGAACUUGGUAACUUCUUCAUGUCUGAGAUGUCUCUAGAGAGCUUUGACGACGACGUCGGAGCCGAGGCUGAUGGAGAAAUCUCUGACGGUGAUGAAGAUUCAGAUUCCGAUAAGCAAUCUACAGGAUUCUACUCUCUCCCGACGAUCAUGUCUCGCCGGAGAAGAAAAGUCAACGUCUCCACCUGUUUAGAGAAAGAUAAUAACGAGGUGAUGAUGAACGUAUACUCUGAUACGUUAGUUGAGCAAAGAAGAAGGUACGGUCACGGUUUCAACGGCGUGGAGAGAGACAGUGACGGAGACGGAAACGGUUACGGCGGAGGAGGAGAGUUGACGGUGUUAACCAAGGUGAAAGGAGGCAAGAAGUCAAUGAAGAUGGGUUUUGAGGAAGUGAAGGCUUGUAGAGAUCUCGGGUUCGAUCUUCAAGUUUCGGGUCGGGUUUCAGUAUCCAACGGGUCAAACCGGGAGACUCAGACUAGUAGUGGUAGCAACUCUCCCAUUGCCAACUGGCGUAUCUCAAGCCCUGGAGAUGAUCCAAAGGAGGUUAAGGCGAGACUAAAGAUGUGGGCACAAGCAGUAGCUUUAGCUUCUACGUCACGUUAAGCUUUUUAUGUUAGGGUUUGUCUUUCGAAUAUUUAGGUCUUUUUUUUUGUCUCAUAGUGUUACAAGCUGUUACCAGUUUCUGCAACUCUUCUACUGGCUUUGUAAAUAUGAAAUGUAUACUAUGUAUAUCGUUUUGUUCAAUAUCGAAAAGGAAACACAAUUUACUUGUAAACCCUUCACGUGGACUAUGUGUUAGUGUGUUGCUCUGUUUUUG